GCUCUACAGAGAUGUGAUGUGGGAAACCGUUAGGAACCUGGCCGCCAUCGGAAAGAACGCAGAUGACCAGCAAAUUGAAGAGAAGUGAAGAGGUGGAGCAAUCCUGCAAAUAUAACUUACGGGAUCAGCAUGGAGAAAUGGUUUCCCAGGCACCAGGUUGGCACAUUCAUGAAUGGACUCACACUGGGGAGAAACCCUACAUAUGUAAGCAGUGUGGGAAAGCCUUCAACACACAACGUCACUGUCAAAUCCAUGAAAGAAUUCACAAUGGGGAGAGACCCUAUGCAUGUCAGCAGUGUGGGAAAGCUUUCAGCACACAUUAUAAGCGUCACAUACAUGAAAGAAUUCAUACUGGAGAAAAACCCUAUGUGUGUCAGCAGUGUGGGAAAGCUUUCAGCACACAUCAUAAGUGUCAGAUACAUGAAAGAAUUCACACCGGGGAGAAACCUUAUGCAUGUAAGCAAUGUGGAAAGGCUUUCAGCACAAAAGACAGUUGUCGAAAACAUGAAGGAACUCACAGUGGGGAGAAACCCUACGCAUGUAGGCAGUGUGGAAAAGCUUUCAGAACAAGAGAUAUUUGUCAAACUCAUGAACGGACUCACACUGGGGAGAAACCAUAUGUAUGUACGCAAUGUGGGAAAGCCUUCAGUAGCAGAGCAGGUUGGCACAUACAUGAACGGACUCACACUGGGGAGAAACCCUAUGCAUGUAAGCAAUGUGGGAAAGCCUUUGCCACACAUGGAGAUUGUCUAAUACACGUACGAAUUCACACUGGGGAGAAACCUUACAUAUGUAAGCAGUGUGGGAAAGCUUUCACCACACGUCGCGCUUGUCAAAAGCAUGAAUGGAUUCACACUGGGGGUCAACCAUAUGCAUGUAAGCAAUGUGGGAAAGCCUUCAGGAAUAAAGAGAAUUGCCGAACUCAUGAAUGGACUCACACUGGGGAGAAACCCUAUGUAUGUAUGCAAUGUGGGAAAGCUUUGAGCAGCAAAACAGGUUUGCAAAUACAUGAAGCGACUCACACUGGGAAGAAACCCUAUGUAUGUAAGCAGUGUGGGAAAGCCUUCAGUGCACGUAGUGGUUGUCAAAAGCACGAACGGACUCACACUGGGGAGAAACCCUAUGUAUGUACAGAGUGUGGAAAAGCUUUCAGCCGACAAGAUAGUUGUCGAAUACAUGAAAGGACUCACACGGGGGAGAAACCAUAUACAUGUAAGCAGUGUGGGAAAGCCUUCAGUACAAAGGCUGUUUGUCAAAAUCAUGAACGGACUCACACUGGGGAGAAGCCUUAUACGUGUAAGGAAUGUGGGAAAUCUUUCAGUAGCAGAGGAGGUUGGCAAAUGCACGAACGGACUCACACUGGGGAGAAACCGUAUGUAUGUAUGCAAUGUGGGAAAGCCUUCAGCAGCAAAGCAGGUUGGCAAAUGCAUGAACAGAUUCACACUGGGGAGAAACCCUAUGCAUGUAAGCAUUGUGGGAAAACCUUUGUCAGACACAGAGAUUGUCAAAAGCAUGUACGGACUCACACUGGGUAGAAACCCUGUGUAUGUAAGAAAUGCAGGAAAGCUUUCAGCACACACAGUGUUUGUCAAAAGCAUGAAAGGACUCACUGAGCAAAAACAUGUAUGUAAAGCUUUCAGUGUGGGAAAGCUUUCAGCAGACAAUAUUGUUUUCAAGAACAUGAAAGUACUCGCUGUGAAGAGAAACCCUGUGUAUGUAAGGAAUGUGGGGAAGCCAUUGUCAGACAUAGAGAUUGCCAGAUACAUGUAUGUAUUCAGACUGGGGAGAAAUCCUAUGCAUGUAAGCAGCGUGGAAAAGCUUUCAGCACAAGGACUGUUUGUGAAAUGUAUGAAUGGACUCACACUGGGGAGAAACCCUAUGCAUGUAAGCAAUGUGGGAAAGCCUUUUUCAGACACAUUGGGAAACUCAUGAAUGGACUCACUCUGGGGGAAGGCCUAAGUAUGUGAUCAGUGCGGGAAAGGUUUUAUCUCACAUGAUCAUUGUCGAAGACAUGAAGGAUCGCACACUGUUGACAUGCUGGGUAUGAGAGCAGUGUGUGGGUGCAUUCAGUACACAAAUGCAUUGUCAAAUACAGGAAAUGACACUUGAGAGCAAGUCCGUGGAAACAGGAAGGCUCUGUGCAGUGAGCAGUAUGCACAUUAAGGGAGAGUAAAUAACUGAAUGCAUCGUGCAACUCAGACGUGAAUCAGGCGGAGGUGAACUUUCCUUGUAUAAAGAAGAGAAUAAACCUCUUUCCAUCCAUCCAGGUAUCAUUAUGUACAAGAAAGAAUUCAUAGUGAAGAGACCUUUAACCCAUAUGAGCAGUGUGGGAGUUUUAUUUUUAACUCAAAUACAUGAAAGAACUCACAUGCUAGGGACCAUCCAGUAUGGAAACCCUCAAGUUCUUCCACUCACCUUGAAAUACAUGGAAGAACUUGCAGUCAAAGGAAACCCUGCAUAAAUUAUGUGAGAAAGUACUGUGUGGGGCAGUGGUAAGAGUGCUUUCCUAGCACGCACAAGGACCUGCGUUCAAUCCCCAGUACCACCAAAAAAUAAAAGCAUACGAAUUCAUGCAGCUUAGUGUAAAAAGAGAACAUGAAAAAAUUUUUAUAUAGUCGUCAAACAUGACAUUGCGCACUGGGGAUAUUCAUAUUGAUGUUCUGUGAAAACAGGUGUGCUCGUUUUGGUUUAAUUCAUGUGGGAAAAUAACACUAUUGUGAGAAUCCAUUAAUACAAGGGUUAUACACAAGUUAGCAGUCGCCCUGCAUGCGAGAAUGACUAUUGUAUCAGAACUCUGCACAUACAGAGGUCUUAUAAGUCACCAAAUCCUUUGAUCAUUUCUUACACAGUUUAAACCUAAGAAGUGAGUUGUAUAAAAAUGAUACCAAUUAUUUCUCCACAAAAUACAAAUUCAGAGGAAACAUCCUAACAUGUAAAUAUUGUAAUAUAGAUCUCUGGAUUAAAUUAUUUUAAGUUGUAAGAAUGAAUGUUGUAGGGAUGACGAUAGAGCUCAGUGGCACAGCACCUGCCUGCCAAUCUCAGGGUCCUGAGUUUGAUUCCCAGUAACAAAAACAAAAA